AUGCGUUCAAGUCUCCACGCGUCUUGGCGCGUCGAUUCGGAGGCCCCCGACGACACUCCGCAGAUGAGUAGCUCGGCCGAGGACUGCCUCCGCGAGCAGUCGCGCUGCGAGGCGGACCUGGCGCUGCUGGCGGGCCGCGUGGGCCCCGGCCCGGUCCCCGGCGGCCGGCCCGGACGGCCCGUCUGCGGCUCCGACAACACCACCUACGACAACGAGUGCCACCUCAAGCGCGUGCAGUGCGAGGGCAGCACCGUGGAGAUGGCACACCGCGGCAAGUGCAAGGACCACGCGCCGUGCCUGUCGUACCGGCGGCGCGCGGGCCGCGCGGGCUACGCGUCCAACGUGUUCCUGCCGCAGUGCCAGGGCGACGGCUCGUACUCGCCGCUGCAGUGCCACGACCUGUCGGGCUACUGCUGGUGCGUGACGCCGCAGGGCCGCCAGGUGCCGCACACGGCCGUCAAGGGGCGCCGGCCCAACUGCACGCGCCCCGCCAAGACGCGCAGGGGCUCCGGGCCGCGCGGCUCGUCGGCGUCCCCGUCGUCGCCCAGGGCCUGGCGGCGGCAGCGGCGCGCGUGCGGACGCGGCGAGCGCGCCCACUUCAAGAACAACCUCAUCAAGAUCUUCCGCACCGAGUACCGGCGCGCCGCGCUGGCUUCGGAGACGCGGCCCGGCCCCGGCCCAGGCCCCGGCCCCGACAUGGACCACCGCGUGCUGGAGUGGAAGUUCGCCGAGCUGGACAAGGACGGCGACGGGCUGCUCCGGCGGCCCGAGUACCAGGAGCUGCGCCGCGUGGUGCGCAAGAUGGUGCCGCCCAAGCCGUGCGCGCGGACCUUCACGCGCCGCUGCGACAUGGACGGCAACAAGAUCAUCUCCAGGCUGGAGUGGGAGGCGUGCCUGGGGCACGAGUUCAACCGACUCCGAUCGCCCCAGAGGCCGGCUAAGGCCAAGGACGCGUCGGGCCACCAAGUGCUGCAGGAGAGCGUGUCCACCCUGGCGGCGCAGUUGCCCGGCUUCCUGCUGGACAACCUGGAGCGCAACCGAGAGGAGCCGGAGGUGACGGACUGCCUGACGGACCGGCAGGCCGUGCUGGAGGAGCAGCGCGCCGCCUCCUCCGUGCUGUACGUCCCCGAGUGCACGGACGACGGCCGCUACAACAAGCUGCAGUGCUACAACUCGACGGGCUACUGCUGGUGCGUGCACGAGGACACGGGGAAGCCCAUCCCGGGCACCUCGGCCAAGGACAAGCGGCCCGCCUGCGACGCGCUCGCGCCCUCCAUGAAGGGCUGUCCGGAAGUGAGGAAGAAGGAGUUCUUGAAAAACCUGAAGGAGUUCUUCAAGCUACGAAUGCAAACGGCUAUGAACGAGACGGACUCCAGCAGUUCCACUAACUGGCAGGUUUCUCCGGAGGAUCGGAUAGCUACCUGGAACUUCCUCACGUUCGACAAGAACAAGAAUAAGGUGCUGGACCGGCCCGAGUGGAAGGCGUUCCGGCAGCUCGUCAGCGAGCACCAGCCCCUGCGACGCUGCGGCAAGAAGUUGCCUCGGUACUGCGACGCCAACCAGGACCGCGGCAUCACCAUCACCGAGUGGCUGGACUGUUUGCGGGCGCCUCCGACAGUGGAAACUGUGACGACCACGUCACACGUCCGGAGAGGCCCGAACCCCAUCGAGUCCUACCUCAAGGACGACUGAGCCAAGCUCGGCCUUGGGCACCUGGCUGGAACCACGAAGCGGGAAGCACCCGGCUUGAAUACUGUUUCACGGGCCUCACCCCCUUCACGUCCGAGUCUUGGAGGGUGCUGGCGGCUCUGCGGGCCUGAUGCACCAUGAAGUAGGACUUCAUGAAAGCACUCAGCGGCAGCACCGCCCGCACCUCGAGCAGCGAGAGGAACCACGAACCGUGGCGUUGCAUCGGUACAGCGUCCGAGACAACUUCUGUACUGUUGUACCAAUUCCAUGGCCGCGCUGUGUGACGUCAUAAGGUGACGUCAUGCGUGGCAUGGAGUCCGCAAACCCAUCUGUGAUAAAAAAAUGUUAGCGGCAUGACACGGAGCUGCCUCGUGUCGUGUCACACACGCGUGUCACAUCUGUGCCUCACGUGUGGUCACGAUCCGCACGAUCUCAUCGAUUACUGUUAUUUAUGUAUUGUAUGGACUGCCACAGUACAAGUUGUUGCACUGUUUUUUUUUUAAAUAAUAAUUUUUAUUGCGUACGAUUAGGAAAUACAUGCAAGCCAACCCAGUGAAGUAGAAAUAGUCGUAACUGCUCUGCUUUCACUUAUUUUUUUUGUUUCAACACGUACCUAGAUUGUUACUUUGGUUGAAAAAGAGAGGAAGGAUGGAACAAACAAUAAAAUUAGCGUGGAGCUACUCGCAGCUCUUACCGAUUUCAUCAAAAAACGGGGCUUGUCAUGACACUGUCGAAAGUCCUUCCGCCUCCCUUCCUCGUUGAAAGGAGGCCCGACGGAAGAGGCACUUUCCAUUGAAAUACAGGCAGUGUCGCCACAUACCGAAAUAAAGCUUUUUUUCAUACGUUUCUCACGCUUCUGCCUUAUUGAUACCCACAUGUCUUUUCUUAUUGUAGGGUCUGAUCAGAUGUGUAUUUUUUGUACAAAUUUAGUUUAAGUCAAAAUUAUAAAUGGCUGUAAGAAAACUUGUUAAUCCUAGAGUAAGCUACACAGAGUUGCCUAUAGUGGACACUGUUAUUUAUUGUUGUA